AAUGUUGGUAGCAAAGACAGAUGACCAAAAUAAUAAUAUAAACAAUAAUAUUGAUUGUUCCCAAUCUGUGAUUUCUACUAUUGGGGGAAUGACGUCUUCUGAAGUUGUAACAAGUUCAACAUCUGGCGAUCCUUCUACUUUUCAAUGUAUUUUUUUGAAAUUUUGGGUUGGGAGAUACGUAAGCAAUUCAAGAAAAUACUCUAUACUUUUUUGGAUUAUUAAUGAAUGUGUUUAUGCACUUUACAACUCCGGUACUUUUCUCAUUUAUGUUAAGCCUAUUUGA